UUCUAAAAGUUUCGUUGUAGCAGUUGAUGUAAUGUAAGACUGUAAAGAAUUAUGUAGGGCUCUGGGCUCAACUCAAUGGUGGAAACUGAAAUGUUAAGAUGUGACCCUUCAGACUGAUUCUGUUGCCGUUAGUGAUUUUGUGUGAAUAUCUAGACAGUUAAAUUUACUCCCACAUGUGAUUCUAGUAAAAUUUGAAGUGAAGAACAAAAUGCCGGUUAUCAAACAUGGAUCAUGUUCUCCGGAGCCCCAUAGAGGUCACAAACGACCCCGUUCACAGCUUUCAAAUGGUCCGGGGGGGCCUAGAACCUUGGUUCCCAGCCCCCCAGGUGGGGCUCAGGCUAGGCCAGGCCUGGGGGCGUGGCCAGGGAUGGGCGGAGCAGGUCCUACGGUUAAUAUUCCAGAUUCAAGAUAUAGUUAUGGUUCCCCGCCUUCUAAUUUAUAUACUCAGGGCUGUUCUCCCCCUGGUUUAGUUCUUAGCUUGAGUCCUGGGCUCGGUAGUAUCUCAGACGGUGUCCCUUCUCCAGGAUAUUACCGACCUGCUUCACGAACCUCCCCGAUAUUUCGACCUGCCUCCCGAACCUCUCCUCCUGCCAGAGCAGGUCCAUCACCCUGCAACGACCUUCUCAUGGCAAUGACAAAUUCCCAAGGAGAUUUGUCCCAGCUCGGUGUGGAUCUAUUUUCUCCCAUCCUGCGCAAUUCUGACACAGAAUCCAUCAAAUCUGAUUCUGAUGCUCCUCCGAGUAAACGGAGACGACUUUCGGUUAGCUCACAGGAAGUUCUUGAGCAUCUUGUUAACCGUGCCUCACCUGCUCUUCCCUCUCCUAGAUCCCUCAACCCUUCAUCCCUCACUCGACCUCCACCCUCCCUCACCCGACAACCUCCAUCCCUUGCCCGUCCUCCGCCCUCGGGACCGUUCACGCGCCGACAGAGAAAUUUGAGCCAAAGGUGGGGCGCGCAGUUGGGUCGAGAACAACAGUGGUGGAGCGCGCCUCAGCAUAGAGAACAGCAGAGAUGGGAGCGCGGAGAGAGGGAAAAAGGUCGAGGAUUCAACGGAAGGAGUCCACCCGUGGCUCCCAGGAAAACCCCGCCUUUGACGAGGAACUUGAGGUUUCGUGAAAGACGACAAGACGAGGUUCCAUAUCAGUUCCCUUUGGGGCUUCCUCCUGGUGCAGUUCCUCCCCAGUUCCUUGUUGGUUCAGCUCCACCCCCUGCCACACCCACCCACACACCUCAACAGUGCCAUCAGUUCCAACCCAUCCUACAGGGGCAGAACAGGGCGGGUCAACCUAUCUUUCUAUCCCGGCCUAACCUUCCCCCAACAUGCUGUGUUGUCACCUCAUCAGUCCAACCAACCUUCUUCAGUUCCAGUAUUUCAGCUCAUAACACCCCUGGACCCCCAUCCUCAUUCCAGCUCCCAACCCAUCCCUCACCUCAAACCAUUCUUCAGUUCGGACACCCUCCUCCCAACCCUUCCCAGCAUUCACUUCAUAGAACUGUUUCUCAACCUAGACCUGGAGAUCUGAGCUUCCAUGAUACACAUCCUCGUCUCGUUCCUCCUCCUCUUCUACCUCCUCCUGCUUACCUCCCUCAGCACCACCACCACCAUCAUCAUCAACAUCAUCAACAUCAGCAGCAACAGCAUCAAUCCUUCCCUGUUCAAGCUCCUCCCCAACCUCCCCAUAUUCACCAACUACAGCAGCAUGAUUCAAGGCAUCUUCACCAGUUUCAUCCCGCCCAGGCACGCCCCCGUCAACAACCUCCCACUCCUCCCCGGGGUGUCAGGGGGGUCAACAUCAGACGAUGGAGAGGAGGCGGGGCUCAAGGAGGGCUGGUUGGACAUCCUCUCACCCCUAUACACCUGGCGUCUAAUCCGGGACUCGGGCAAACAUAUCCUCCAGGUUUCCUACUCCAGUACCUAGAAUCUACUGUUAACGCUGUAUCUAGAUAUUCGAGUGAGGGGUCUGACACAGAACAAACUGUAUGCGUGGUUUGUAUGUGUGACUUCGAGUGCCGACAGAUGGUUCGAGUUCUGCCCUGUGCUCACGAGUUUCAUUCGAAAUGUGUCGAUAAAUGGUUAAAGUCGAACCGAACCUGCCCCAUCUGCCGGGGGGAUGCCGCAAACUAUUUCCAACAAAUCACCGAUUGA